AGCCGGCCCCGCCCAGCUCUUGGGGCAGCGGAGGCUGCUGCCGGGGGCUCGGCUCCCCGGCCCUGCGCGGCGCCCAGUCACAUGGUGCCUGAUCUCCCUGCCCAGCGCGGCCGGUCGCGCUUCCUGGGCCGGGCAGGAAGCAGCAUGGAGCUCGGCCGCGGCUGCUGAGCGAGGCGGCAUCGGAUCGGUCUCUGCGCGCGGGGUCCUGGAGCGGCUGCCCGGAUGGCUGCGCAGGGCUCUUCAGGGGAGGCCAUGGACCAGCGGCUCCAGCAGGCCCAGAGGUUCAAAGAGGACGGGAACCGGUGCUACAAGGAGGGGCUCUUCAGGGAUGCCGUGAGCCGCUACCACCGGGCACUGCUGCAGUUGCGAGGGCUGGACCCCAGUGUACCCUCUCCCCUGCAGGCCUUCGGGCGCGAGCAGCCGCCAGUGACGCCUGAGCAGGAGAGGGCACUGCACGGCACCCAGACCGACUGCUACAACAACCUGGCUGCCUGCUUGCUCCACAUGGAGCCAGUGAACUAUGAGCGGGUGAAGGAGUACAGCCUCAAGGUGUUGGAGAGGCAGCCUGAGAACCCCAAGGCCCUGUACCGCGCCGGCGUGGCCGCCUACCACCUGCGGGACUAUGACCAGGCCCGGCACUAUCUCAUGGCGGCCUCAUGCAGCCAGCCCCGAGACGCCAAUGUCAAGCGGUACCUGCAGCUGACAGAGUCCCAGCUCAGCACCUACCACCAGAAGGAGAAGCAGCUCUACAUGGGGAUGUUCAGCUAGCGAAAUCAAGGCUCCCCCCACCAGAUACCACCAGGGCCACAUGGAUCCACCUUCCUUUCCUGGACAGAACUCCAGGGCCACAUGGAUGCACCACCCUUUCCUGGACAGACUGCCGGGCCACAGGGACACCCCCACUGACAUAACACCAGGGCUUUCCCUUGAUGGCAUAGGACCCAUGAGGUCACUUGGGACCUGGGUUGCUAGAGGGGAAACCCCAGGCAGGUGGCUAGGACCUGCUUGGACUGCUCCCCUUUCUCUUGUCUGCAGAGCAGUGUCCUCUCUGUUGCUCCCUAGGGCCUGGGCAUUCCCAGAGUCAGAACUGCACAGGCUCAACCACCCCAUGGUUGUGGUGCCAGAGACAGGGAGCAUGGGCUGGAUCAUUAGUUCUGUCACCCUGCUGGCCCUCUUCAUAAAGUGACCUGUCUCUCUGCAUUGUGUGUGUGUGUCUGACCCUUCCCUGCCUGGGCUCUCCUUCAGAGGGAGCACUUGGGGAGCAGGGGGCUGUUUCAGGGAAGUUAACCCCCUGCUCUGCUGCUAUUGGUCUAAUUUCCAUAGUGAUCGUAGCUGGGUCAUUUCUAUCCUGAGCGGAGCUUGGCAUCCUGAGCCACAUGACCUCACCCCACCUGGGACCCUGGCCCCUUCUGGCUCUUACAAACAAGUAAUUUCCACUCUCCUCACCCCGUCUGCAGCCAGCUGCCUGCAGCACUGGGGCUCGUGCAGCGACUGCAAGCUUUACGCUGGGCCUCAUCUGCACGCUGCAGAGGGGCCUGGAUUAGACUGGGACUGUGCAGGGAGGUGGCUUAUCCCAUGGACAGGGCACACGCUGCACUGGUGCCUGCACUAUGCCCCACACUGCAGAGGUGCAUCGUACCCCUCCCCACGCUGUGCUCCCCUGAGGCCCCAACAACGGCUGUUCAGAUAGAAAUGAGGGGUGGGGGCAGCUGCAUUUCAGGUUUUGACAUUUUGGCUGCUCAUAUCAGAGCUGGGCCUGGAGCCCACACUGUCUGGCUCAUUCCAAGCAGCCAGGUGGGAGAUCUGCUCUGGGGGGCUCAUGUCUUCUUUCCCAAGGGCUUGAUUUUGUCAGGUCCUGCAACAAGCCUGACUCCUCCUCCCCCAGCCCUCCCAUCCUAGCAAACAUCCUUCAUUUCUGCCAUCCACACGCCCUGGCUCCUCCCUGCGGCUUAAGCAAACAGCUCCCCCCAGGCUGCUGACAGCUGGGAAAUGGGGCUGUUGAUUCUUCUCAGCUUCCCCCCUUGCUCUUGUCCCUCCUCUCCCUGCAAUGUGCAAACACCAAGUCACCAGCAAACUGCUGGUGCUGCCCCAGCUUCUCAGCCCCAGGGCCCAGGCUAAAGAGUACUACAGUGAGGCCCGUGCAUGGGGCUGCUCCAUCCCAAGGGUGACCCCCAGCCACCUCUGUCCCAAGUGCUGAGCUUAGCCUCCUGCACUGGCGUGCCUGGUGCAGCAGCGUGAACAAAGCCCCCUCCCCCGACCUGGCCUGCUAGAGUCAGCCCCCGAGGGCGGAGGGGCAGGAGGGAAGAGCCAGGGAUCCACUGCGGGUAGGAAGUGCAGGUUUCUCAGGUGACAAGCUGAUCCAGCCCAGCCAGGAGCAGGGACCUGCCCCACCACCCCUCGUCUUGGCAUCUGCCCCAGGGAGAUAAGAGCACAGGGGUGUGAGGCUGUGACUGGGGUCAUGGCCAAGUAACCUGCAGCCCGGGCUCCUGGGGCUAGAUAAGGCUGUGGGAUUGCCUGAGGAAGAUCACUAGGGACUACAGGAAGAUUGUUUU